CCUACCGAUAAAUAUAAAUAAAGUAAUGUAAAUUAAACAAAUUAUAAUUCAAAUGCGGUGGUCCGAAGCUGUAACUCUUGAAUUCGUUAAAAUUUAUUUAGAUAACGAUGUUUUAUGGAAUCCUAGUCAUGUUUACUAUCGAUCAAGAAAACAUAGAGAGAAGGCCUACACGAAUAUUCAAGCUAGAUUUAAAGAAGCGGCAUCAAAAUCGCUCACAAUUCCCGAAGUGAAAAACAAAAUUAAAAACUUGAGGACAACGUAUCAACAGCAGAUCCAAAAGAUAUUGCAAAAAUCGAACCCAGAUUCCAUCUUUGAGCCUUCCUUGGUUUGGUUUAAUGAAAUGGAUAGGUGCUUGAAAAACGUAUCGAACAGACAUUCAACACAUUCUAUGCAGGUACCAGAAACAUUUGAGAUUGAUCCACCUUCUGAAAUGUGGAUGGACAGGAACCCCGACAAUUCACAUGAUGACCCACUUUCGGCUCAGUCUGAUGAUGGUUAUGUCGAAUCUAACACUGACCUCAAUCAUGUUAUGGAAUACAGUUCACAUAGAAAAAUUAAAAAGAAAAAAACGAAAAAACAGAGCACUGAGUACAACAGUUGCAACAUUUCUUUAGAGGAUGAAUUUGAUAUUUAUGGGAAAUACAUUGCAGAACAACUCAGAAAAAUGAAUAUAAAAAGAGCUUUAGGGAUUCAACUCGAAAUACAAAGAAUACUGAGUGAAGCUCGGAUCUCAAACUUUGGCUAAUUAUUACUAUUGUAUCAUAGUUAUUAAGUUAAUUAAACCUAUUUAUUGAAAUAUAAUAUAAUUGGACUCGUAAUA